UAAAGCGCGUCACACAGGCGAAUUCCGCGACAAGACGCUGCCGCACUUUCCCAAAUUGAAAUCCCCGACAGGAGAGAGAGACAUAGAGAGAGAGGAAGAGAGAGAGGGAGAGAGGGGGGGACUGCAGAACAUACAGGGUCUGGAUGAAUAACCAUGGCAACAGCAGCAGCAGCAGAGAAGCGAUGAUAUAAACAUUGCAAACCGCACAUCCAUCCGCAAACAGCAGUUUCACUCAUUAAAGGCUGGAGCCGAACCCCUCUGCGGAUAUCACACCGCAUCACUGCUAAGGUGAUGAGUGGGACUAUAUCAUGUCUGAAGUACAGGGAACACUGGAGUUUUCUCUAGAGUUGCACAAGUUUCACAAUGUGGAUCUCUUUCAAAGGGGGUUCUAUCAGAUACGAGCAGGGUUGAAGGUCUCGCCUCGAGUGCCCCACAGGCUGAUAGCAACAACACAAGAAAACACAGGAGAGUGCAGCUUCAGCUCUGCGGGGGUUUACGACGGCACCGUGUUCAGUCGGAUAUUUCAGAUCCUCUACAGAAAUGAGGAGAUUGUGGUGAAUGACUGUAUGAUCUUCAAAGUCCACCUGCUAUUGGAUGGAGAAAGGGUGGAAGAAGCCUUGAGUGAGGUGGAUUUCCAGUUGAAGCUGGAUCUUCAUUUCACAGACAAUGAGCAACAGUUGGCAGAGAUAGCAACCGUCCCUCUGAUCAGCAGUCGGACCCUCAGCCUCCACUUCCACCCGCAACGAGGCCUCCACCACCACGUCCCUGUCAUGUUCGAUUACUUCCACCUGUCCGUCAUUUCCGUCUCCAUACAUGCUUCACUGAUUGCCUUACAUCAGCCGCUAAUCAGCUUUGCACGUACGGGGAAGGGCUCCUGGCUGGGGAAGGGCUCGCCGGAGAGCGCUAGCGACCCAUCUGCCAUGUCUGUAGAGAACCUUGUGUUUGGAGCUGGCUACUGCAAGCCUGUCAUCUCUGAGGGAAGCUUUUAUGUGCCCAGUGAAAACUGCCUGCAGAGAGCUCAUACGUGGCACCGGCGGCUCUGUCGCCUCCUGUUGGUGGCACACAGAGGCCUGCACACGUACUACACAGCACUGAUGAAGGAAAUCCCACAGCUCCAGCAGAUUCCACUAGAAUCAGAGGAGCUGCUGGUAGAAGAAACUCUGAAUCAGCUGACAAUAGAGUUGCAGUUGCAGGAAGGCCAUGAGAAGGUAGCGGAGCAGAUCAGCAGGGACGUGAGCCAGCUCUGCUCCCAGCUGGCUGCUCUGUGGAGCCGCUUCCUGGAGGCCGCUGUUCUCAACCCCCACAUCCUGUCCUAUCUGGCCCAGGAGCACCACACGCUCAGGGUCAGGAGGUUCUCAGAGGCUUACUUCUUCACAGAACACCCCAAAGAGAUAUCUCUGACAUUUCAAGAGGAACUAAUCAACAGACAUGGCCAGAUAGCUGCAGAAGUGCGAAGUUCAGACUACCUGACCAAGAUGCCUCCUUUACCUGUUGAGUGCCUGGACAUCGAUGGGGACUGGAACAGCUUGCCCAUCAUCUUUGAGGACAGAUAUGUGGAGUCUCCUCAGACAGAGUGGGUAACACACGUGCUAAUGCUUGGAACCACCGACGAGCAAACCAACUCAGAUCCCACCAUCACUCCUGCCAACAGGAUUCUUGGAAGCAGCCAGGGAGUCAGAUCACCAGCAAUACCCCAAGAUUCCUUGGACAGUGAUGAAUGCAUGGACCUGCCCACGUAUGUCUCACUCAUGGCAGACCAGUGUAAGAACGUCAGAAGUACCCAGAACCUCAAUCCUGCUGAGGACAGUGCUGUAUUUUCUCUGGCAGAGGCUGAAAACUCAAAACAACCAGUGAAAUACAGCCAAGAUGAGAAGAGCUGUAAUUCUGGCCAGGCACACAUCGCCGUUAAGCCUUGUGAUGUGGAUCCAUACAGAGGAGAGACUGUUCUAGAUGUAUCCUCAAACCAUCUUCCCCCCGUUGAUUCUGCUCACAGCAGAGAGGAAUUGCCUGCUCAUCAUGUCACAGAAAUUAUCCAGCUUUGUGAUGCCACAAACCAUAGCAAUGCAGAGGAGAAUGAAAACAAUGAAGAGGAGUCUGACAUUGCCAUGCCUUUAAAUCACUCCAUGGAUGAUGAGAGUGAGGAUGUCCCUCUUAGCAGCAUACCCACUGCCUAUGUGCAUCCAGUUUUAUCUCCCUUUCCCGGUGAUCUCAGAAAAGAGAUGACUCAUCGUGGAGGCUUGGUCGGCUCCAAGAUCAUGAAGCGCUCAUCCUCUGUUAUCUCUGACUCAGGUAUUGAGAGUGAGCCAAGCUCGGUGGUGUGGCCUGUAGAGGUCGCACUGCGAGGUCGACCUCCCCUGGACUUUUCCAGUGAACGGGAGAUCCCACAGCAAAUAGUUUGUCACCACCCAGUCCACCGCAGCUCUCUAGAAGGCCUGCAGAUGGAGAGCAAUGGCAGCCUUCCAAGUGGAGGUAUACAGGCCUCCCUCACUUCUAUUAGUUCCCUGCCCUAUGAGGAGGACCAGCAGCAGAGGCAGCUCAGCAAACUGACCAAGUCGGUCUCUGCACCGCAGAUAAGUAGCCCAGAAGAUGCAGAUGAGGACCACAUGCUGCUUAACCAGGAAACAGACAGUAAGAGCUUAGUGCAACACCAGGAUUCAUGUAGGAUAAACUGUUCCUCUUUGAACAGCAACCUGGAUUCAGAGCAAUCUGAAUUAUCUCUGUUAGACACGAGUUCAACAGCAAAUCUUGGCCACAUUCUCAAGGAGAAUAUUAGCUCUGAAGAGUCAAAUUCUCCACAGCACCUGUCAGAGACACACAGAAUCAAGCCAGUGUUAAGUGGUGUGUCUGAAGUGUUGCUUGCACAAGAGUCUGUAGAAAGCCCUCAUGCGAAGGAAAGUGCGGUUAUUAGCAGCCAAAGGGAGAAUAUGAACCAUCAAACACACAUGAGUGGAGUGAGCGCCUCACUGGAGGAUGUGCAUCUUGUUGAAUCGGAAGCAGCGCCCUGCAGCUGUGGAAACAAACCAUGUGUGGCAGAUCAGGAGAGUAUUAACGCUGGAGAUGAGUGCCAAAGUUUCCACCACAGCAAACCCCACAGUGUUGAGGACCAGGAAUAUCUGGAUCCCUCGCAGACAUCUCUAGAACCACCACACUCCAGUGACCUCCCCAACACUUCAACCACCACACAGAGGCCAAGCGACCUCACAGGGCUGACAGCCAGCGAUAUCACAUCUUCUGCUGAGCUCAAUGGGAUACCAACCAGUGACAAAGAGCCGUUGGACUGCCAGAAUAAGCCUUCUAAGAUCCCUAACUCGGGCCUGGCUUUUGUGAAUAAGAAGAUGGUGGAGGUGGUGAACAUGUCCGUAUCUUGUGCCCCGACCUGUCUGCCAUUUUCAUCUGUCCUGAGAGACUCUCCCUCCAUCAGUGGCAUGUCCACUCGCCAGGCUACCUCACCAAUCACCCAUCAGCCCCUGGGCUCCUUUGGUAUCAUCUCCUCAUCUUCGCUCAGUCCCCUGAACAUGGAUGACGAGACCAAUGAACGGAUGCUAAACUUCUACAAAGCCAAAGAGGAGCUGUUGAAAGAGCUGACCUUCCAGGCCAGCUUGUACAGCGACCUUCCUCUGCUGGCAUCAGAUCUGCCCUACUUCCCCCCUGAGGAGGAUGACGAGGAGUUUGAUGAUGGCAUACACCUCGUAGUAUGUGUCCACGGGCUUGAUGGAAACAGUGCAGACCUUCGGCUGGUGAAGACAUUUAUCGAGCUGGGCCUGCCGGGAUCCAGGCUCGACUUCCUCAUGUCUGAGCGGAACCAGGCUGACACGUUUGCAGAUUUCGACACCAUGACAGACAGGCUGCUGGAUGAGAUCAUUCAGCAUAUCCAGCUGUACAAUCUCACCAUAGGCAGGAUAAGCUUCAUCGGCCACUCUCUGGGGAACAUCAUCAUCCGCUCGGUGCUGACGAGGCCUCGCUUCCGCUGCUAUUUGCCCAAACUGCACACUUUCCUCUCGCUGUCAGGACCACACUUGGGAACGCUGUACAACAACAGCACAUUGGUCAGCACAGGUCUGUGGUUAAUGCAGAAGCUGAAGAAAUCAGGAUCCUUGUUGCAGCUCACCUUCAGAGAUCACGUGGAUCCACGGAAAACAUUCCUCUAUCUCCUGAGUCAGAAACCAGGGCUCCAGUUCUUCAAGAACGUGGUGUUGGUGGCGUCUCCACAGGACCGUUAUGUUCCUUUCCACUCUGCCAGAAUAGAGAUGUGCAAAACUGCUCUCAAAGACAGAACCACAGGUCCCGUGUACACCGAGAUGAUCAACAACCUCCUGCAGCCGCUUGUGGAGGCUAAAGAGUGCCGGCUGAUCCGCCAGAAUGUGUUCCAUGCUCUGCCCAACACAGCCAACACACUGAUCGGCCGCGCCGCCCACAUCGCCGUCUUGGACUCGGAGCUCUUCCUGGAGAAGUUCUUCUUAGUGGCAGGGCUCAACUACUUCAAAUAACGGUGCUAGUACUGCAGGCAUACAGGACAGAUGCUGUCGGCGGUUGACAGAGUCGGAUUUGGAGGAUAAGGUCUCUACCGUCUCCUGUACAGUACAUGUAACGUAUAUAAUUCCUGGUAUCCAAGUGGCCAGAACUGUAUAUCCCAUUUGUUAGGAUUGUUAGCAGCUGUUAUUAAAGGAUCUGUGUAUUGUGACUGUUCAAACUGCUAACUCAGAAGUCUGAGUCUGAAAUGCAGCCAUGCAAAACAAAACAUCUGACAUCGAUGGCAGGAUUGAUUGUAGAUGUUUUGUUGGCCUUAUGAAUAACUUCUCAGCCAGAACACUAACAGAAGCUAAUUGUGGUCUAAAGCAUUUACCUGCUUUCCCUUUAGAGUUGGUUUAGAGCCUUCAGUGUCAGUCGUUGAUUGAAUUCUUCUUUAAGGGUUACAUCGAUGAUAGUCUUACACUACUGUUACACCCAAGGCAAACCCUUGAUUGUACAUGAAGAAUUUUGUUAGAUGUUCCUUUAUACAGAAAUCAAUAUAUUGUUUCAAAUUAUUUAUUUUUAUCCGCUUCUGUGUCCACACUGUAAGUAGUCCAUUUAAAUGUGAUCUUUUGUGUGUUAUCAUCAAAUCCGUCAAACAAAAAGCAAAGUGUUAUACAACGCAGGCAGAAAUGUUACCCCAUGUAGCUGACAAUUCAGUAUAGUAUGCUUUUUUUGAACAUUUACUAAUGCUAAACCAUGCAUCAUUUAAUAAGAAUGGCUCUGUCUGCUACAUUAGCCUUCACUUUUUGAUUAUUUGCACUGACUGGUUGACACAUUGAAAAACUAAAUGCAGAAAUUGCUGAGCCCUGCCCUCCUUAGCUACACACCUGUCCAGCUUUCUGGCAUCAACAGGUACAUAUGUAGCUUACAAUUAUAACCACUGAACCUGAAAUAAUUUGUGAAAGAAUGAGACAGAGGAACACAAAGCAGACUUUGCUUGGUCUAGGUUUUGUUGUCAGCUGUCAAGAGAUUUUUUUUCAGGUGUAGCUUGCUAAAUAAGCUAAUUUUACCUGGUUGAAAACAGUGUCUCUGGCUUGACUACAUGACAUUACAUUAUGGAAAAUGUAAGAUGAUUUCUUAUUCUAACUUAACCCCAUUCGACUGCUUGGCUUCUGAUUUUAUAUUUUCAAGCAGUAUUUACUCCUAACGUUACUAAAGGAAAGGCCAGUUUGUGAUUGGACAAUUGCUAUUCAUGGGUGGGGCUUAGCAAAUGCAGUUUUGUUUGGAAGAACAGCAACGACAUUGAAGCAAACUUAAUGAAUUAUGGCGACCACUAUAAGCCACUUAAGAAAUGAGUCAUUUUCAUGUUGCUCCUUGAACUGUGUGGCAGCAAACAGGCUGAUUAAUAUAAUCAAGAGUGGAUAUCAUAUGCUAAUAAUGUGAACAAAAGCAUAUUAUUAUUGAUUAUACACUACAGUCUUGUCUAAAGACAUUACCUUUAUAACGAGCCAUUUAAAACCGCAGAUGAAAAUUGAAAUUCAUUGUGUUUUAAAUGGUGUAAAUUAGGGUGUCAUCACUUUUCUUUUCUUCAAAACUGCUUGAUAUUAUGUAACACAGACCAACUGCCAAGAUUCUCCCUCACACACUGUCUAUCUAAUCAACGUGAUGCAUGAUGAUAGCAGGGAAGCACUGUCGUAGCAGUCUCAUGUACGUCAAAAUGCACGAUGCCAUGUUUUGAACAUCUCAUCAGCAAGUAUUUAGAAUUUCUCUUCCUCUGCUGUCGCACGCCAAGUGUUGUUUUCCAGCAUCAUGGUGAGGACUGUUUCCUCACCGCUGAGCUGUCCGUCAGAUGAUGUUUACAUAUUUUGACAUUAGAGAACUGUUAUCGCUGACGUCUCAUAUCCAGCGGAGGUUGUGCAUCUGCUGCAUAUGUAGUUAUGUACAUACAGAGAGCUAUAUUUUAACCUUUGCACUGGUUUGAUGGCAAGUGCACUUUAUUGACAACCUUGAAUCAACCUCCACUUGCUUUACAAAAUACAAACAGCUAUUUUUUUUGUUAAAACAUGCACUGCUUUUUUAGAAGUGAAGGUCGCGUCCUGCACUCAUUGUAGAAGCUAACCUCGGCUGUCCGUCUUGGCCAUUCAAGCAUUGUAUCGUCUUCAAAGUGGGCUGUCUCAGAGAACAACCGAUGACAUCGCAAAGUGCUCGGUUUCCGUGUGGAAGCUGCUGCACGGUAAGCAGAGUGUCACCGUGAUUGACUCUAAUCAAAUGGGCUCCUUUAGGACGUAGAGAAACUUUUCAAAAAGCCACUAAGCAAAGCUGCGUAAGCAAUCUGUAGGAGCUGCCAUGCAUCAUGCAUCAUUUCUCAGCCCACAAACCUCCCCCAGCACACACACAUCCAGUAUAUGGAUGAGGCUUUCGCUUGUUUGCUGCUCUCCCUUUGUAUGUUUAGGGUUUGUUUACCCAAAGGGGUCAGCAGGAAUCAAUGGAGGGAAAAAGUGUUUGAGAGGUGUGGAGACCGGCGGCUUCAAGGGCAAAUAUGAAAUAGUUUGAUGAGAUGGACGGCUGCCCUGUAAAAGCUUUCACUGGAAGUUGCAGUAGUGAAUCAGAAAACAAAUAAAAAUGUAUGUACAUCAUCCCGAACUCUUCUUGUUGAGACAAACAGUUUGUUUUGUGUGGCUAAAUGUGUCUCUGAAAGUGUUAACUGUACAUUUAUGCUGCUGUCAUAACUGAGAGUGAAUUCAGAGGUGAUCCAUAAACUCAAUAGAUCCUUGCAAGUGCUGUCAACCUUCAAAACUAGCUGACUUGAACCUUUUUGUAUUUGAUUGCCCUUUACUGAGAGUCUUUUUUUCAUGUGUAGCACAUGUGCGUGUGUGUGUUUGAAAUGAAAGGAGAUGAGUUAUCAUCGUCUGCCCAUUGCUGCGUCACCCUUCAUGUGUUUGAACUGAAUGUAAAAAAUGUUUGGCGUCACUGUGAGGAACAUGUAUUUAUUUCAUUCUGCAGUUCUUUUGCUGAAUGUACAACAUGUAAAGUACAGUAAAUACUACUUCAUCUGUGCCAAUACUACUCCAAUAUUUUUCUAUGUUGCUGACUGUACUGUAUGUAUUCCUUAGUAGCUUGUGUUCUAUGUAAAAAUAUAAAUACAAAAAUAUAAAUAUAUAUAUGUAUAUUAUACAUAGCAUAGUAUUAUUAUAACAGAUAUGACAUUAGAAUAAAAAAUGUUCCUUUUGCAUAA